AGAAUUGCUCGAGUGAGAUUGUCCCUUUAUCCUGACAACAUGAAUUGCAUCGUCGUUUUACUGUCACUGGUGAUGGCGACAUCGGCAAUUCCGCAACUUCAAUUCGACGGACGAACCGACACCGCCCCGCGUCAAGCAGAGCAGCAAUUCUUCCGCACAGAUUUCCUCCAGGGGAACCGGAACGAUUUUAUUCCUGAAAACCGAAGAGUCAUCGGAUCGGAAACCCGAGACGGUUUUUUCCAUCAAAAUACGGAUGAUUUUUCCCGUUUUGACCUCGGAAACCCGCGCAGCAGCCUCUCUCCUGCCGAUAUCGUGCCUGCACAGGACUCUCAGGUUAUUGAAAUGCAGCGCGUGCAGCCAACCGCGGACGGGCGGGCGGCCGUACUGUACGAGACCGACCACGGCGUGAAGGUUGUGGAGAACAUCGCGCCUGAUGCUGAUGGCUUCAACACGCAAACGGGCUCCUACUCAUAUUUUGACUCGGAAGGCUUCCCGGUGGUGGUGACAUACACCGCGGACCGCGAUGGUUACUACGCCACGGUGCCGGUGCCCAGGAAUAUUCCGCCCCACGCCGCCGAGCAGAUCAGACGGGGGCAAGAGGAGCACGAGAGAGCUCGCCAACUCUUCUCCAGACUCAGAAAGAGCAAAGUCGGCCGAGUUUAGACUUAAAAAUGUCCAGAAUGUAAUAAUUGUGGGAAUUUUAAAUUGAAAUUGAAAGUUAGGAGUUUUAAUAAUCAAAAGACAUAGGUGAUACGUGAUUAAUCAUGUUAAAGGUCACGCUAUUAUGAAACAUGAUAAUAACCAAAAUGAAGCGACAUUCCCACGAUUUAGUAGGUACAUGAAUUUUCAAAGGUAUUAACAUGCAAAAUGAAGCGCUUCUGACAUGUACUAAUGUAUCAGUGUUGGUUUUGGCAUUGCUGCUGGAACAACAGCCUGUAAUCAUUCCGAUCUUUUAUAUUGGCGUUCCGAAACUCGUAUCAAUCAUUAUGAUAUGUGAUUUCAAAAUAGCCUGAAGCUUAAAUGGCGACCAUAUUUGACCAAGACUGUGUGAGAUAGUUUGAAAUUUAGCCAUUAUUUGGUGUGUGUGGAAGAAAGUGGUAUUUUGAUAAUAAAUGGAAGGUUCAAAACAA